AUGAUGUCAAGAAGCUACGAGGAAAACAUAUCUGCAGUCAAUGCCGAAAGAGCCCUGACACUGUCGCACACCGAUGGGCAGCAACCGCGCGGUGCCAGCAACAGGAUCGCGGCGCAUCUGACGGGCAACAGCAACAGGAAGAGUGCCCUGUCCCCGCGCAAUUCUGUGCCCAGAAGAGGGAGAGGACAAAAAAUAAACAACUGGGAAUCGUCAAGGAAUCUUUACAACGUGGAGCUGAGAAACGGCGAGUUAGUGGUACCCGAGACAGGCUUUUAUUACAUCUACUCACAAACUUAUUUUCGUUUCCGCGAAAACGAGAGCGAGGAUUCAGAUUUGCUGGCGCAAAUCCGGAACCCCAAACAGCUCGUCCAAUAUGUUUACAAACUGACUAAUUACCCAGAGCCCAUUUUGCUCAUGAAAAGCGCAAGAACAAGCUGCUGGUCUAAAAAGGCAGAAUACGGACUUUACUCCAUCUACCAAGGUGGCGUGUUUCAGCUGAAAAGAGAGGACAGGAUUUUCGUCUCUGUCAGUAACAGUGACAUAGUUGACAUGGACAAAGAAGCAAGUUUUUUUGGAGCCUUUAUGAUUGGUUAA